GCCGGGCUCCGGGCGGAAGCGGCGACGUAGGCGGCGGGCGGCUCAGAAUUAAGAUGCCCUGGUUUCAAGGAAAUAGCGUGCAACUUGCCAAAUACUCCCUUCAACUCCUCAUGAGAAAUCUCUCCGCCUCUAAGACCGUUCUGCCUGUGCUGACCUUAUUUACAAAGGAUCCAUGCCCCCUUUGUGAUGAAGCCAAGGAAAUACUGGAGCCUUACAAAAACAGGUUUAUUUUACAGGAGGUGGACAUCACACUUCCAGAAAACUCUGCUUGGUAUGAAAGGUAUAAAUUUGACAUCCCCGUCUUCCAUUUAAAUGGCCAGUUUCUGAUGAUGCAUCGAGUAGACAUCCCAAAACUUGAAAAGCAGCUCCAGAAACUUGAGCAGCAAGGUGCUGGAAGCUGGAGGACAACUUCAUGAGCCUCCACCCACUCUUGUCCAGACGGCGUCUUCCUAAGGACAUGACCAUGGCCUUUCCCGGCCUUAACAGACGUUCUGAACUAGGUGGUGCCCAAUAUAUGGUGACAUUAUUCUUCUGACUGAUGGAAGUAUGGGAACAGUGUGGGAACUGUUUACCUGCUGGCAUUUUAUAAAAUGAGAGGAGGCUAUUGGCAGCAAGGAGAUAAUGGAGGAUGGGAGAAAUCCAUUUGUUUUAUUUAUUUUCCCUUUUGUAUUAAUAUGGAAGCCCUUUCACAUUCACUGGACAGUGCAGUUUAUAGGAAGAAGGUUCUGCAUCCCUGCUGCUGCCCUAAGGGCUUAACUUUUUAAUGAAAGAAUAAAUGCUCUUCCACUCAGUAGAUAAAGUGAAAUGUGAAUUGUUAAUAACUGUGCACAGUCAAUAAAGGGGUGUUUUAACAAAUA